CGGUCUAUAUCCUUUAUGGCCGGUUGCGCUCCUGUGAGACGGACGCCCUUUUCCUUGCUCCUAUAAAAAGGGGUCUUUCUCGCAUCAUAGUUCAAAAAUUCUCUCCAACUUUCAAUCCAGACUUAGUCACAACAUCCAACCAGGGAGUUGGUCCAACCCUCUUCUGAAGGAGUUCCAUUGUCAAGGUUCUUUACAUUCGCAGCUUUCAUUCAUCGUCAAUUCUCUUCGUUGGAAAUUAUUGUGAAGUUUGUCAGGAUUGUAGUAGUUGAGAGCGAACAGGAACACAAACGACCGGUGGCACUGGCACAGGAGUCUUGAAUACUUCAAAUUAGUAGCAGUUCGAAGACAUAUCACACUUUAUAUAGAUCCAUCGUAGGAACACAUUCACUCAAUUCUUCAGGACAAUUCUUUGACGAUGGGUAUUUUUAAUUCUUUUGCGGGAAUCGCUUCAAUUCUCGCAGCUUUCAUUGGACCAACACCACCUCCAAGCAAUGAAAUCUGUUUCGGUGAUGUCGGCUGCUUCUCCAAUGACCUACCCUGCCACAACUUAGACAUGUCAACACCAGAAGAGAUCAAUACCCGGUUCUUUCUCUUCACCCGUCUUAACCGCCAUAAAGCCCAGGAGAUCACGUGGAAAGAUUUAAGGACGAUAGAGGAUUCAAAUUUCAACAGAACGAUGCCCAUCAAGUUCGUCAUCCACGGGUGGAUAGAGAAUACACGUAAAUCAUCGUUCAUCAAGAUGAAAAAUACGCUUCUUGAUCAAGCUGAUAUGAAUGUGAUUCUGGUUGACUGGCGUGGAGGGUCUUUGGAUAUCUACGAGACAAGUGUACAGAACACACGUGUUGUUGGCAGGGAAAUCUCAAUCUUGGCUCGCAAGCUGAACAAAGUGUUCGGAGCUCCUUUCUCCAACAUGCAUGCCAUCGGCCAUAGCCUUGGAGCCCACACGGCUGGAUAUGCUGGGUCGGACUUGAUGCGGUUCGGUCGUAAAUCAGAUCGUUUGGGUCGUAUAACAGGUAUGGAUCCAGCAGGUCCUUAUUUCCGUGGGCCACAGGUUAAUCAAGACUGCAGAUUGGACAAAACAGACGCCCUCUUUGUUGAUGUCAUCCACACGGACGGCACAAACUCUUCAUCCUUUAUCAUGGGAAUGAAUGGUGCAGGAUUACAAGAACAGAUUGGGCACCAGGACUUCUACCCGAACGGAGGCAAACACAUGCCAGGCUGUCUUCCUCUAACUCACUGCUCCCACUACCGUGCCGUCUACUACUUCACCCAGAGCAUAUCAACCUGUGCCUACCAGGCUACCCGUCGAUGCGAUUCUUGGGACCUCAUUGAGAACGUCAAACAAUGCCCAGCUUUUCCUCCGCGAAAGAAGGACAAGAAUAGCAGACCUCGCAUGGGAUAUCAUGCUGAUCCUGCCCAUGCCGAGGGUGCAUACUACCUCAGGACUGGAGGGUCUUUCCCAUACUGCUAGUUCAGGACGUUCCUCAGCAGAUAUCAAUGGACUGCCUGUAUGGACUCUGAGGUGAUUUUGUCAGGAACACAGGGCAUCUCCAAACUGAAAACUGCUGCAAAAUGUUGCCAUUAAAACCAUUCAUCACCUGCUACAAGAUUUUGAGAUAUAAAAUCUCAUUCCAAGUAGUUUAGUUCGUGACCAGGUCCCAAUAGUCUCUAGGCUGUCCAGAAGCACGGACCAUUUUCAUGACAUGGACUAUGCAAGGACUGUUAAUUGUAACGAAGAUUAACGAGGAAGCUAUUCACAUAUAAUUCUCUACUCUGAUUGCCUCUGAAAAUAUUACUAGGUGUACAUCAGGACAUAAAAUAUCUAAUUAUUCAUGAAUUACCUUUUUCAUGAAUGUUUGAAACAUUCAAUAAUUAAGCAACAAAAAGCUUCCUUUUAGUGACAUAAAAUAAUAAAUCAGCAAUAUGAAUGUCUCUCCUUGCAAAAUCUUUUCAAGAUCUUACCCUGACCAUUAUUGUUGAUUCACAAUCUUAACACAAUACGGAACUGAUCAGCACAUAAGUCUCGUAGUAAGCCACUCAAAGAAAAAUUUUCAUUGAUAGGAAUGUUUGUACAAUUGUCAGUCAAAUAUUGAUUUACCAAAGAAAAUUAAAAGUAAAAUUUUCCUGAUCUACCUUGAAAUCAAUUUCAAAUUGAAAUCAAUUUCACCUUGCAAGUCAGUUGAACUUAUCAAGGUCUUAAAGGCUGUAGCUUCAAGAUCAAUAUGGUGGAUAAGAAGUGAUGAAUAUUAAGAAUCAUUAUGGCCAGAAUAUACCAAUAUCCAGGAAAAAUAAUUGGAUUGUAAUUGAAAUACAACAAAAUGUACACCUUUCAAUUUCAUUGUCAAGGUCACUAACAAUGGAUGAAAUAUGUACAAAACUUGAGUAGGUGAUUUAACAUUGGUUGAUAAAGUUUCUGAUCUUUGCAAAGAACCAGAGGUUUGCAGGCUUCAGCUACUCCCAUUUCAACAUCGCCCCAUCUAUUCUUUUCACAACGUUGCCCUCUAUAAUUUUUAUAUCUUAUGCUUGUUUUUUAAUUACAUAAUCAUAAUCUAUUGAUAAUUUUAAUUGUAAAUUAUAUACAUAUGUAUUUCAUCUCUGUUGACAGCACUAUUAUUCACAGCCUUGUACUUCAAAACAUGUGAAGAGUGAUAUAAUGAAAUUGGGUGUCAUGUCUACGCAAGUAUUACAUCAAAUAUGGUACAAAACUUGGAAAAGUCUAUUUUCUACUACUUUAGGCAUUGCAAAAGGAAUGUACUAAUAUUUUAAAGAAAAAAGUGACUUGAUUUCAUUCAAGUUAUGACACUUUUUGGUGUCAUAAAUUCGACCAAAAAAUCAAUAUUGAUCUGAUGAUAGUUAAGCACUAUUGGUUCAAAGAAUAGAGAUCACUUUAAGGAGAGUGUGCAUGAUAAAUUUGGAGUUGAAGUACAAUUUAAGAUUAUUUUUGUAGAGUAUAUUCUACCUCAAGUUGGAACAUUUUUUUUACAUGUAUAUUGCUGCAUUGCACAACUUAAAAAUCAAGGUUGGCACAAAAGUUUGGUGUCGAGAGCUGAAUCUGGUCAUCUUAUCUAGCUCCAACAAAUGUGAACAUACAAAAUUGAUACUCAUUAACACCAAAUCAGUCCAAGCACAAGCCUCAUUUCAAGUUCAGUAUUAAUGACUGGUGUAAAAAUUGGACAAAUGCCCAAUGCCAGCUCUCAACACCAAACUUGAAGUAGUUCAUCCUAUAGUGUCAUCCUAUAGUAACUUAAUAUAAGCAUUAUGUACCCCAAACUGCCACAUAACUAAGAAUUGAGAGCACUCAAUGGUAUUUUCCUAUGCUGCAUAUGUUUGGGUCUUGUUAUCCAACUAUGUAUAUUGUGUAUGCUGUACAGUAUAUGAAAAAGCAGUAAUAUCUGGUAUAUAAUCAUUGCCUAAGUGCAGUAUAUAUUCAAACUCUAUGCAUAAUAAACUAUCAUAACAAGGAACAAGAAA